GCCGUGGCCGGGCCGGAGGCGGCGUCGGUCGCGCCGCUGCGUGUGGUGUGGUGCGAGGCGGGUGCGCCGGGCAGCGCGGCGCGGAGGGACCAUGGAGCUCGGAGCGGAGCCCCGGCGCUGGCGGCCGGACCGCGGAGCGUUUUGAUUGCUGUUACUACUACUGAUAACUGAGCCAAAGUGGUGAUGCUACUUGAGGGGAAUUUCUGCAACCCAUAGUCAACGAGUAUAUGAUUGUGAGCCAUGCCUUUAGUGAAGAGGAACAUUGAGCCCCGGCACUUGUGCCGGGGAGCUCUGCCUGAAGGGAUUACCAGUGAACUUGAAUGUGUGACCAAUAGUACUCUUGCCGCUAUCAUACGCCAGCUGAGCAGUCUGAGCAAACAUGCCGAAGACAUAUUUGGUGAGUUGUUUAAUGAGGCUAACAACUUCUACAUCAGAGCAAAUUCUCUUCAAGACAGAAUUGAUCGCCUCGCUGUCAAAGUCACCCAGCUGGAUUCAACAGUGGAAGAGGUCUCACUACAGGAUAUCAACAUGAAAAAAGCUUUCAAAAGUUCUACAGUCCAAGACCAGCAGGUGGUUUCAAAGAACAGCAUUCCGAAUCCUGUUGCUGAUAUUUACAACCAGAGUGAUAAGCCACCACCUCUGAACAUCUUGACCCCGUACAGAGAUGACAAGAAGGACGGGCUGAAGUUCUAUACUGAUCCUUCCUAUUUCUUUGACCUCUGGAAAGAAAAAAUGCUCCAGGACACAGAAGACAAAAGGAAAGAGAAAAGGCGUCAAAAGGAGCAAAAGCGUAUAGAUGGCACCACCCGUGAGGUGAAAAAGGUUAGAAAAGCCAGAAACAGGCGCCAGGAGUGGAAUAUGAUGGCAUAUGACAAAGAGCUUAGACCCGACAACAGGUUGUCUCAGAGUGUGUACCACGGAGCGUCUUCCGAGGGAUCCCUGUCCCCAGACACUAGGUCACAUGCAUCAGACGUUACCGAUUACUCUUACCCAGCUACUCCCAACCAUUCUCUGCACCCCCAGCCGGUGACCCCUUCCUACGUAGCUGGCGACGCAUCGCCACACGGGCCUGCAAGCCAGGCCGGGGAGCAUGAGUACCGGCCCCCGUCUGCCUCGGCGAGGCACAUGGCUCUCAACAGACCUCAGCAGCCGCCGCCCCCGCCUCCCCCACAGGCCCCAGAGGGGUCCCAGGCCUCUGCACCAAUGGCUCCAGCAGACUAUGGGAUACUCCCAGCACAGAUAAUUGAGUAUUACAACCCGUCAGGACCACCGCCUCCGCCACCUCCUCCUGUGAUUCCCUCUGCACAAACUGCCUUCGUCAGCCCUCUCCAGAUCCCCAUGCAACCCCCAUUCCCCACAUCAGCCGGCUCCACGCACACAGCUCCUCCUCACCCGCCAUCCACCGGGCUCCUGGUCACAGCCCCACCACCCCCAGGCCCACCACCUCCCCCGCCAGGCCCUCCUGGCCCUGGGUCUUCUCUCUCGUCCUCCCCGAUGCAUGGCCCCCCAGUAGCGGAGGCGAAGCGGCAAGAGCCUACACAGCCACCAAUCAGUGAUGCUCGAAGCGACCUCCUCGCUGCUAUCCGAAUGGGAAUUCAGCUGAAAAAGGUGCAGGAGCAGCGGGAGCAGGAGGCCAAGCGGGAGCCUGUGGGGAAUGACGUGGCCACGAUCCUGUCCCGGCGCAUCGCCGUGGAGUACAGCGACUCCGACGACGACUCAGAGUUCGACGAGAAUGACUGGUCCGACUGAGCGGAGGCUGGUGGGGAGGCCGCGCGUGGGAGAGUGUUGAAGAUGUUAAGUGGUCUCCACACCCAAAUAGUGGUAUUCUAAUCCCGUAGCAUAGCACCUUUUGUAUAAAUAAUGUGAUAUUGCUUCUGCACAUCCAAAAAUUCUGGGUCUUUUCAGUAUUUACUGUGUAAUACUUAAGUGCCACUAAACAUAGCAAAUUGUGCUGCACAUGAGGAAUAGGCUGUCACUAUCGCAUUGUCCUGAAAACAGCAUCUGCUUUCCUCUUGGCCAUGAGAAUCUCUAGUGCAGUUUGGGUUUCCUCUUACUGAUCAAUAUAACUCUGCAGACUUGCUGUGUGUUUGUGAAGCUGCCUGGUGUUAGGUCUCUGCAAGACUAAUGACUAUGUCAGAGUGAUGUCUUCCAACCCGUAAGUGAUAUUGUUUCUCCAUUUUGGUUUUUUCUUUUCUUUUUUUAAAGGUUGUGUUUCUGAAGAAGUUGGUUUUAGAGGGAAAAGUUUAACAAAUAGGGAGAAUCAAAUGUUUCUGCUUUCACUUUCUUGGCUUGGUGACCUCUGAGUGAAUCUGAAUGCUCUGCUGAAUAAUUUCAUUGCCUCUGCACAUGCUUGUCAAAUACGAAAUUGGAAGGGCCUUUUUCAGACUGGGUUCCCUGUGGGCAUUUGCUUCCUAAAUGCCUGUUGAUGGUUUUCCAGGAGAGUUCAGCAGCUCAACAGUAAUCAUGAAAAACAGGGUCCUUUUUCCUUCCGGGGCCAUUGGAGAUGAUACUCAACUUACUUGCCAGCCCCUCCAGCGUGGCCACCAGCCGGCCGGAACAGAUGCAAGUGAUCCAUGACUCUGGGAGCUGCACUGCUGAGCUGGGCCGAGCUGCGGCACCGGGCCUGGGCUGCAAAGGAGCCCUGCUCCUUUAAUUUCCUGACAGCUGUGUCCAGAGUGAGCCGCAGGAGUUCUUAGCUCCUCAGCAAGCAACAGCGAGCGCUUUAGAUGGCACCUUAUACCACCUGAUCUGAAUUUUGAAAGCUUAGGUUUAGGCGAAAGUAGAUAUUGAUAGCUAUGCACCGUUCAGGGUGCUGGGGCCAGAUUAGGGAUCACUCCUGUGAGGAGGGCCUUCGCCCUGGCUGAGAAGCACAUGGUUCUCCUCUCUCUUGUUGGCACAUUAAAUGAUACAAAGCACCUCAUGAGAUUCCCUUGAUCAUGCAGCACAGCACCUCGCCCUCACCUCCGCCCUUCCUCUUGCUCCCAUGUGGCAGUACCAGGGACCCAUGGGGAAACUGAAGAAUGAGAGCCGCUAUAUUUUGUAAUUCUGGUUGAAAGGUAACUAUUUGUGUAAACAGGUGCGCCAGGCAUUGAUUAUAGAUAUUACUUGAAAAAUAUGCUAAGACCAUCGACUUACUAAGGACCUUAACCUACUUAACAGUACUUCAUAUGCAUUGUAGUUAUGUGACUCAGUUAUGGUGAAGCGAAGAGUCCAGAGCUAAAAGUAGAGCUGUUUGAGGUGAUGGUAGGAAUGUGAACAGAAUGGUGACUUGGGGGUUUUUGUUAAUGCAUCCGAGCAAGUCAGCCAGCCCCCAAGUCCCCUCAGUGUGUGUGUGUGUGUGUGUGUGUGUGUGUGUGUGUGUGUGUGUAUGUCUCUCAAGUGGACACCAGUUGGCUUCUGGGCAGUGAUUGCAAAAAGCCUGUCCACUGGGUUCAGUCGUGUGGAUCUGAAUCCCUGGAAAGCCUCAUGUCUGCACCCCCUUUUCCAGGCUGCGUCCCUGGCCUGUCUGUUCUCUCCUCUGUCCCAGGUGCUGGGGGGUGUGCUCUUCAGCAUCUUUUCCUAAAGCUGGUCACCACUAGGCUGUCCCUAUAAAUUCCUUGAAUAUAAGUAACAGUUAUCAAUGAACUUCUAAAUUUCUAAUUUCUCUCUCUUCGCCCCCCCACCCCGAGCAAGGGCCUAUUGCAUUGGCAUUAGUCUUAGGACUUUUGAGACUUCUGAAGUCUUUACUUGUCUGUCUUGUUGCUUUUGUAUUAGGAGUUCCCCAUGUGGGUCUAGAACUCCCAUUUGGUAAUGCUGCUUUGUUUCGUAUGGCCCUUCUGUUCUCAGGAUGGAGAGAACACAGAAGCUACUUACUAUCCAUGCCAGGAUUUAUUCUAUAUGUAUCUUAUUACAAUAAAAUUAGUGGCACUUUAUUCAUAAAUAUUCAUGAGCCUGUUAAUUAUUAGUUGUCUUCCUGUAGUUGAAUCAAGUUAUUUUCAACUCUAUUUUAUGACUUGUGAAAAAGCUUUUGCCCUGUUGUGUUCCAUAACCUUUCAGAGAAUGGAAAAUAAUCUAAAAUCCAGUUUAGAUUAUUUUUAGAGUAUUUUUCCAGCAAAUUCAAUUUAUUCUGAAAUUUAAAUCCAGAUCUUUUCUAAUAUGGUAUUAUAUGAAAAGAAUAAAGUGAAGAUUUGAAUUUUCAGUUUCAUUUUCAAAAACCGUUUACCAAAACAAAUGGAGAAGAAACAUUUAAAAGCACAUUUCAUUUCUGUGAACUUUGUUUUAAAUUACAGUUAUAAAUUGUAAGGUAAUUUUUAAUUGUCCCCUGUAUUACUUCUCCAGGUCUGUUUUAGUUUAAUGCCUUCUAAGCAUUUUUCUCAUAGUGUAGAUGUAGGGAAGGGAUGGAAAGUUUGCCCAGUCUCCAGUGGCUGCAUGCACAGGAGGUGGCGGAGCACAAGGCAAGUGAGUUUGCACUGUCAGCCCCGGACCGUAAGCUUGGCUACACUGAUGUUUUUCUUUACUAAGGAUACUAUCCAAAAUUAACAUUUUCAUCUCAGUAAAUUUUUAGAACAUCAGAAUGUUUUCUGAGCACCAAGUGGCUAGGUUGUAAAAGUUUUGUAAUAAUUUGCAAUUAAAAUACAUGAUACAUUUUAAUCCAUUAAAGACUAGCGGAAAUGUAUCAGCCAGAGUAGCAAGUAAUUUUUGUUUUAUAAAUCAGAGUAUCUGUCAUCUUGCAGUAUUACCAAUGCUGUUGUAAAUUGAAUUUAAAGUGGUAUUAAAAAAAAAACUCCUGUUAAACAAUUUUUAUCUGUUUGUAUAUCUUAUUAUAGAUUAUGUACAAGUAACAUCUAAAUAAAAUGACACUUUUAACCCUAA